CUGCUGCGUGCUUGUAAUGAAAGUAAAAGUGUAAAGCGCAUUGACGACGUUGGUAGCGUAGUUCCUAGAGGGCGCCUUUGUACUUCCUGCUACGUCACAUUUCCUUUUCCACAUCAUCACACGCAACACAAGAUGCCAACCCCAGCAAGUGCCACUCGUGUAGGCUCCGGCAGCCGGAGUCCGUCAUCAUCCAAGACUGUCUCCCCUAGGGCUAGUGCUGGCAGUGGUACCGUCAGACAAAGAAAAGCACCAGCAUCAGGAGGGGCUAGGAAGACGACAGCUGGUGGUGGCACGGGAAAUGCUGGCAUGUGGAGGUUCUACUCUGAGGAUUCACCUGGAAUCAAAGUUGGCCCAGUACCUGUUCUAGUCAUGAGUCUGAUUUUCAUCGCAUCAGUGUUUAUGCUACACAUCUGGGGAAAGUACACACGAGGAUAAGACGACCAAGGGAAACAACUCCUGUUACCUUUCUAGGCAGCAGACCAGUGAAUGUAUUAAAAGAAUCUGUGAACCCUUUUAACCUUAUAAAACCUGAACUGACAUUACCAAAAAAGGAAAAGUGAAUUUUAAGCUGCCAUCACAAGAGUUUUUAAAGAAAGUGUUGGAUACAUUUUAUAAAAUUCAGAAAAAUACACUUCAGGAUAAGAAAAAAUGUGAAAUAUUUAAAACAAAAUUAAUGGCUGUAAAGGAAUGCUAAUCUAGGUUGUUUUUUCCUGCACUGUAUGCAAGUUUAUGGGGAGAUAUGAUACACAUCAUAUCUUACUAUUCUCGGAUAAUUUCAUUCUUUGUUGAUGCAUUUUUAUAUCCUUUUUUGCUAAAGCAUAAAUAUUUGAUCCUCAAAUUUAAAUACCUUUGUUAAAAUGAUGUGACCACAAUGUUUAGCAUUCCUGACACAAGAUAUGACUCUGGACAUUAUAUAAUAUUAUAACUUAAUGUAUAGUAGAGCUGGAGUGAACACUUGAAUGAAAGGUUGUGAAUUAGGUAUGGGGGAAAUGUGUACAUGUGAAUUCUGUUCUGGUGUUUACUCAGGAAAUGAAGAGAAACAUGCAAGUGUGUGGGAGAAUAGGGUACUGUGUGUUGCGUGCAAGGUCAAAUGAAACUGGUGUAUUCUUGAAAUAAAGAUAACAUUUUUACAAAG